AUGGAUGAUCAGGCCAAGGACGAUCCACCAUCACCCUGCUACAGUAGCCCGAACGAUAGCGAACCGCCUUCGCCGGAUUCUGGAUUCUCGUCCGACGAGAACGCCUCGCCGUUAGCGCACAGGUUAGCUAGCUCAGUAAUUCGUCCCAUCCUGCCAAAAAUGAUCAGUGGACCCGAAAAUAUGUCAAAUGAAUGUGCUGGGUGGAUAAAAUGGCACGUAUCAUGGAAAGGACAGCUGUACUCAGGAUAAAA